UUUUGAUACAAAAUAGGUGCCAUGGGGAAAGAUUACUACAAAACUCUCGGUAUACCGAGAGGGUCGACGGAUGAAGACAUAAAAAAAGCCUAUCGAAAACUGGCGCUGAAAUAUCAUCCGGACAAAAACAAAUCACCGGGCGCGGAAGAAAAGUUCAAGGAAGUGGCAGAAGCGUAUGAAGUGCUAUCCGACAAGAAGAAGCGAGAAAUGUACGACAAGUUUGGCGAGGAAGGAUUAAAAGGACGAGCAUCGAACGGCACAUCAAACUCCUCUCAGAAUUUCACUUAUGAAUUCCACGGAGAUCCCAGAGCAACGUUUGCACAAUUUUUCGGUUCAAACAAUCCGUUCGGAUCGUUCUUCGAUAUGGACAAUGAUAGUUUAUUCAAUAGCAGUAUUUUCAACGAUGACGAUUUCUUCACACCCUUCAGUGGUUUGGGCAACCGGCACGGUCUAGGGGGUGCCUUUAGGUCACACUCGUUCAAUGUUCACUCGCCCCUCAAGAAGGAGAAAGUUCAGGAUCCCCCAAUCGAGCACGAUCUGUAUGUUACGCUAGAGGAGAUCUAUCAUGGCUGUGUGAAGAAGAUGAAGAUUUCGCGCCGUGUCCUACAACCGGACGGUACGUCGAAAAAAGAGGACAAAUGCGUGACUAUAUCCAUAAAGCCGGGGUGGAAAUCGGGCACAAAAGUUACCUUCCAGAAGGAGGGCGACCAAACAAAGGGAAAGAUACCUGCUGACAUUGUAUUUAUCGUGCGGGACAAACCACACGUCUGGUUCCGGCGUGAAGGCAGUGAUCUUCGAUAUACCGCCCGAUUAACGUUAAAACAGGCUCUCUGUGGGGUCAUUUUUGAAGUACCCACUAUGACAGGUGAAAAGUUGCGUAUCAGUACAAAACAGGAAAUCAUCAAACCUAAUACGGUGAAACGUAUACAGGGUUACGGAUUACCAUUUCCGAAGGAACCGUCGCGAAAAGGCGAUCUACUGGUAGCGUUCGAUAUUAAAUUCCCCGAUAAGCUUAGUACGUCGGAAAAGGAAAUGCUAACCAAUAUGCUACCCAAUUCAUAGUGUUAACCACUCUCGCCACACGUUUGUUUGACAUGCUUGAGCUACUUUCUUCU